AUGGCUACCCCUAGUGUCCUAGCUUUUGACGCUGAGGGUCGGGCCAUUGACUUUGAGGUCUGGGUAGAUGACCUGCAGCUGUUCUUACAGUGCGAUAGGGCAGACGGCCUCUCUCUCUUUGACCUCACAUCUGGCGCUUCCCCUGCCCCUGCUGCUGAUGCUGACGCAUUGCGUGCUACUCCUUUCUCUGCCACUGCUGCACUGAGCCGUCUCAUGCUGCCGUACCUCUUCCCUGACCUUGCUGCCUUUCCCACAUUCGCUGACCUCAUUACGCACCUCCGCACUAGUGACACUCGCUACCGCGCUGUGCUUCCUGCUGACUUCUGCGCCAAGAUCUCCCCCCCCAUGUACAUCACCCUCUACUUCAUAGUCACCCGACUCCCUGACUUCCUUAGAGUAGUCAGGGACCACUUCCUCGCAGUGUGCCCCACCACUCUCACCAUUGACCUCCUCGAGAAGUCCCUCCUAGCGGCGGAGAAGAGCAUAGUCGCUGUAGGAGCCUCUCGUGGUGACCCCCGCACCCCUGUCUUUGAGGGGUGUUCUCCCUCCCCCCUCUUGCCCUCUGUUGCUUCUGCUGCUGCGGCCGACCUCGUUGGUUUCGAGUCGGUCGGCGCUGCGUCUGCCCCUUCGGGGAAGCGCCGCACAGGCAAGGGCAAGGGGGGCAAGGGCGCUGGAGGAGCUGGCGGGGGCGGUGGAGGUGGUGGUGGAGGCGGCGGAGGGGGUGGGGGUGGUGGUGGGAGUGGUGGAGGGGGUGGGGGUACCGGUAACAGCAGUGGGGGCGGAGGCGGCCGCUGUGGCGGAGGGAGCGGAGGAGGCGGUAGUAGCGGUGGCGGCAGUGGUGGCGGAGGCGGCGGUGGUGGCGGAGGCGGCGGAGGCGGCAGAGGAGGCGGAGGUGGCGGUGGAGCUGGUCGCGGGUCUACGCAGAGGAGUGGCUCCGGUGGUGGUCCGCGCCAACAGCAGCAGCGCGGUCGUGAGAUCCUGUCCCCUCAGCAGCUCCGUGAGUGGUACACUGCACGCCAGCGGGGUGGGGGUUUUGGUCCGUGCACCUACGUCCUGCGCACCGGCGACCGUGCGGGUGAGAAGUGUGGGGGUGCGCACCCCACCCAGCGCUGCUUUGGCCGCCUGACGGACGCGUGGCGUCACCAGUUCCCUGAGGCCACAGAGAUCCCUCGCUGGGGAGAGCUGUCUAGGGCGGGAGCUGCCAUCCAUGAUCUUGAUUUUGAUGCUAUUCUGUUUGCCAUGUAUGCUGUGACUAAUAGUGAUGAGGGUGACUGUUACCGGUGUUUCCCGCCCGAUCCGGGCAUUGAGACUGCUGCUCUAGGUACUGGUGCGGCUGCUGCCCUAGGUGCUUGCGACGCUGCUGCUCUAGGUGCGAGUGCGUCUGCGUCCUCAGGUACUGGUGAGUCUGCGCUCUCAGGUACUACGUCGGCUUCGGCCUCCCUCACCUUCACCCUUGACUCCGGGGCUUCUCGCUCCUUCUUUCGGGACCGCACCACACUCACGCCGCUGAGUCGGCCGGUUGCGUGUCAAACAUUAUAUAUGUUGUUGUAG